AUGGUGAUGACGGCUUCGCCAAAAUCAGCCUUCAAAUGCUCGAUAGCAAUGGCGAAGCCUUCCCUCCCCAUGAAGCUGUUUCUCUGGGUGUUUAUUGUCGUUAAUCUCUCCACAAGCUCCCUCCAGACUGAUGACGAUGAUGAGGCGUCUAACAAGACGUGGGUGCUGACUCCCAAAGUGUACGAGAGCGACGUCACGCACAUCUUAAACAGCCUACUAGAUGGAUACGACAACAAACUCAGGCCUGACAUCGGAGUCAAGCCGACAGUGAUCCACACAGACAUGUUUGUCAACAGCAUCGGUCCUGUAAAUGCCAUCAAUAUGGAAUACACCAUCGACAUCUUUUUCGCUCAGACCUGGUACGACAGAAGGUUAAAAUUCAACAGUACAAUGAAGGUCCUGCGUCUCAACAGCAACAUGGUCGGCAAGAUCUGGAUCCCAGACACUUUCUUUCGCAACUCAAAGAAGGCCGACGCCCACUGGAUUACCACACCCAAUCGCAUGCUGAGGAUCUGGAAUGAUGGACGAAUACUCUACACCCUAAGGUUGACCAUCGAUGCCGAGUGCCAGCUUAAACUGAACAACUUUCCAAUGGAUGAGCACUCAUGUCCCCUGGAGUUUUCAAGCUAUGGCUACCCCAGGGAGGAGAUUGUGUACAAGUGGAAGAGGAGCUCAGUGGAGGUUGGGGACAUUCGCUCCUGGAGGCUCUACCAGUUCUCCUUCGUGGGCCUGAGGAACACCUCUGAGAUCGUCAGGACUGUCUCAGGCGACUACGUGGUGCUGACCGUCUUCUUUGACCUGAGUAGGAGAAUGGGCUACUUUACCAUCCAGACCUACAUCCCAUGCACACUAAUUGUUGUUCUCUCCUGGGUCUCAUUCUGGAUCAACAAGGAUGCAGUACCUGCUAGGACGUCAUUAGGCAUCACCACUGUGCUGACCAUGACCACCUUGAGUACCAUAGCUAGAAAAUCUCUUCCAAAAGUUUCCUACGUGACUGCCAUGGACCUGUUUGUGUCCGUCUGCUUCAUCUUCGUCUUCGCCGCACUUAUAGAGUACGGUACGCUGCACUACUUUGUCAGCAACAGGAAGCCGAGUGCCAAAAAGGACAAGAAGAAGAAAAACCCGCUCCUCCGGCUCUUUUCCUCAAAGACACCCACAGUGGACAUCCGUCCACGCUCGGCCACAGCCAUUCAGAUGAACAACGCCACACACAUGCAGGAGCGAGAUGAGGAGUACGGUUACGAGUGUCUGGACGGAAAGGACUGCACCAGCUUCUUCUGCUGUUUCGAAGACUGCCGCUCCGGAGCCUGGCGGCACGGCAGGUUGCACAUCCGCAUCGCCAAGAUAGACUCAUAUGCACGCAUCUUCUUCCCUACUGCAUUCGGUCUCUUCAACCUGGUCUACUGGGUCUCCUAUCUCUAUCUCUAGGCGCGGGAAAAUUGGAAAAUCAACUGAUUUAAAAAAAAAAAAAAAAAAAGGGCCCACUUCAUCUUUUUAAGUCGAGGAAUCAUCCUUGCGUACAGGUGGGAGGAUCAGCCCAGACAACUGGUUUAAUGGUUUUCCUCACAUCUAUUAGCUUGCAGCAUAGACAACACUGACCCUUCAGCCCCUCCUCCAUGUGCUGCUAAAAGCCCACAUUUACAUAAUGACACACCACUAUUGUAUAUUGGUUACGCAAGCAGGUACAAGAGAAACUAUAUUAAAACAAGCUACGUGUUGUUAUAAAAACGAAUCAUUACUUGCCCUUUGCGUUAUCAGAGUGACACCUGCAGCUGUAACACCACAGGUUGAGUUUCACCUUCAAGUAGCGGCAUUGAGACUAAUCUAAACCUCAGUGCAAAUGUCAGUGAAGACAGCUGGAGGGCACUUUGCAGUCAAGCAGAGUUCAUUUAAGAUGACAAAAAAAAAAGUCUUAAUAAUAAAUAAACUUGAGCAUUUCAAAAAGACAAAAAAAA